CAUAUUCAAGUGCACAGCAAAAACGUAUUUCUCUCAUUCUAUGAACCCGAUGAGCAAAAUCUGCGGUCUUAGAAUUAAUUAACUUUUCAUACAUUUCUAUUGACUAAGCAAAACAGAGCAGUAUAAGACGGAACAAAAUAGAGUAGGGCCACCAUGGACAAUUUAAACCAUGACGCCCUCCCAGAAGAGCGCAUGGAGGAAUCCGUCUCUGCGAUACCAACAACGACACGAGAAUUUCAACAACCAUGGUCUUCACAUAACUAUUCUAGUCUUCAAGAUAUAUCUAGCUCACAAACUCACGAGAGAUAUCCAGGGGGAGUACAGACUCGUCAAGGCCGACCCAAUGUUGAAGAGCUGGAGGCACAGACAGAAGCGGAACGAGAAGUAUAUGAUGGCCAGGACGGUUGGAAUUAUGAAGCACCAUUUUCCCAACAGACAUUUUUCCAGCACGCACAACGCGAACAACAGGUUUAUGUUAGGGAGGUUUUGCAAGGCCGCCCCGCCCUCCUUGAAAGCCGCGCUUUCCCUCAGGAAUACUACACACCCGAAGAAAUGUGCCACAUCUAUGGCAUUGGCGAUGAGGAUGAUUUCGUGGAUAGUGAGGAAUCCACGUGGACCGAAUAUGGCCAUUCAGGACCUAUUAACCCUUUUUCUGACCCAAGGAUCUAUGAACAACUACGAUGGACUAACGAAUCUGGAGACCAAGGCAUGACAGCGAGUGCGAGUGCGAGUGCGACCGAAAAGAGCAAUAUGAGUAAGGAAAAUGACGGAACAACAACAGCAACAUCAGCAAGGCAUAGUUAUGGUAUGGCUCCAGAUCCACCAGAUGUUAGAAACAAGCGUGACUUCAUUACCGCCAUAGAGUUGGGUAUGCGUAUUCAGAGACAGCAACAAUUGCGAGCCAUGCUCCGAUCUAGAGAUGCUCAUGUCUUUCGCGAUCAGGACAGCGCUAUUGAAAGGGAGAACAAACAGCGUGCAGCUAAUGCGUUAUUCGAUCACUCGACUCUGCUUCUUCAUGCUCUGUCUAUGAAUGAGACGCCUGCUAAAGCGCGGAUGCGAAUGUUUCGCCAUUUAACAGGCAUGCCACAGCCUCAACAUAGCUAUACGCCUUCGAAGCAAAAGUGCAAGGAAAAGGAAAAUGAAAAUGCUUCCUCAUCUACAUCUCGCACCCCAGGAUCUUCUCGGGGAACAUUACCUCAAGAAGCGACAGCUCAUCGUCCGCGCCGUGAUAACGUUCCUCUGGAUGAUGAGUUCGCUCACACAUACUUUCAAGGUCCUCGGUCAUAUUAGUGCUUUAUCAAUCAUCU